ACGUGUUCUGGUUCUGCAGGUCUGCUGCCGUGGGUCCGGCUGGUGGACGACUUCGAGGCGCAGUACUCCUACGUGACCAGCGAGGGCAGCGUGUUCACGUUCCGCUCCAACCUGGACGCGCCGCGCUACUGCCUCAUCAACAUCAACAUCCAGAAGCCGGACCGGCAGAACUGGACCACGCUGAUCCCGCAGCAUGAGAAGGACGUCCUGGGCUUCGUCUCCUGUGUGAACCAGCGCCACCUGCUGGUGAACUACGUCCACGACGUGAAGGACGUGCUGCAGCUGUUCGAGCUGAGCAGCGGCCGCCUGCUGCGGGACCUGCCGCUGGACGUGGGAACCAUCGCCGGGGUCAGCUGCAAGAAGAAACACUCAGAGUUCUUCUACAAGUUCACCUCCUUCACCACGCCGGGGAUCAUCUACCACUGCGACCUGAGCCGGCCCGACCCGGAGCCCCGGGUCUUCAGGGAGGUGGAGGUCAAAGGCAUCAACCAGGACGACUUCCUGACCAGCCAGGUUUUCUACCCCAGUAAGGACGGAACCAGCAUCCCCAUGUUCCUGGUCCACGCCCGGAACCUGGAGCGGGACGGAACCAACCCGGUCUUCCUGUACGGCUACGGCGGCUUCGAGAACUCCGUCCAGCCGCACUACAAUGUGGCCUACCUGCUGUUCGUGAGACACCUGGGCGGAGUUCUGGCCGUGGCCAACAUCCGGGGCGGCGGAGAGUACGGCCUCACCUGGCACAAAGCCGGAACCUUGGACCGGAAGCAGAACUGCUUCGAUGACUUCCAGAGCGCGGCGGAGUUCCUGAUCCGGGAGCGGUUCACCUCGGCCAGCCGGAUCGCCAUCAACGGAGCGUCCAACGGCGGCCUGCUGGUCGCCGCCUGCAUGAUCCAGCAGCCCCAGCUGUUCGGAUGCGCCGUCGCCGAGGUCGGAGUUUUGGACAUGUUGAAGUUCCAUAAGUUCACCAUCGGACACGCCUGGACCACCGACUACGGCUGCGCCGACGACCCGGAGCAGUUCCAGUGGCUCAUCAAGUACUCUCCCCUCCACAACCUGCCGGAGGCGCCGUACUCCGGCCCGCCGUACCCGGCCGUCCUGCUGCUGACGGCGGACCACGACGACCGCGUGGUUCCGCUGCACACGCUCAAGUUCUGCGCGGCGCUGCAGCGCGGCGUGGGCGGCAGCCCGCAGCAGCGGCAGCCGCUCCUGCUGCGCGUCGACACCCGCAGCGGACACGGCGCCGGGAAGCCCACGGCCAAGGCCAUCCUGGAGGACACGCACAUCUUCGCCUUCGUCGCCGAGACGCUGAAGCUCGACUGGAAGGACUGAAGCUCAGAGUCCCGAUCGGCUCGGAAUCAAACAACCGCCGCUGGGUCAGAGUCGGUCCGGAGGAGAUCCACUGAGGAUCUACACUGGAAAAAAGAAACACAUGAUCCAACUUUUACAAAUGAAUUCAAAUCAAGUUGGUCAGAUUUACUUUAUUUACCAUGACACAUUAAUAAACUAACAGAUUAAUUUAAGUUGGAUCAGCCGUUUUAUUUUUUCAGUGUAGCGUUCAGGGAUCAGAGCCUCCAGCCUGAAACAAAGUUCAAAACUUUGACUUUAUAAUAAACUUUUAAUAACA